ACUAGGAAGCAGGGGCGGACUGACCAUUUGGAAACUAGGGCACUGCCCGAGGGCCUGGGGACAGUAGAGGGCCCCAUGAGAUGCCCCUGGUACCUUUUUCAUAGGCUUUUUUGAGUUUGGGCAAGGACAAGGGGCCCCAUGAUCCCCUAUUGCCCGGGGGCCCCAUGAGUUGUCAGUCCGCCCCUGCUAGGAAGUCAGCACUUUGUUUUGCCCUCUGAACCUCUCUAAUGGACACUAAAUGAGAGUACAUGUGAUCAGAACAGGGCCAAUCAGCACUCUCCA